GCGGGUGCGCCGCGAUUGAGCCGCAAGGGGAGGGGGAAUUCGAACUAGACCUUUCGUUAGGCCACGCCUCCUCGGCGCGCGCGACGAGCGGGAGCCGGGGGCGGUGAGGUGGUGGGGGAGAGGGGAGACGAGGGCAGACCGAGACUCCCGGGGAGAGGGGAAACCGGCGGGGAGAUCGGGUGGGCGCGGAGCGCCGGGUAAACCACCCCAUGCGGAGAUGGGGAGACGUGGGGUCGGGCUCCUGCAGGUGGCCCCGGUGCCCCGAGGCGAUGGCCGAGGACCGAGGUACGGCAGCACCAGUGCUGCAUGUCUCCCGUGUUUCCCCCCAUGGGGUGGGGGGUCGGGGCUCACCCCCAGUGUCCCCCUAGAUGUUCGAUUUGUCACCGAGGAGAGCUUCGACUUUGGUGUGCUGUCGCCAUCUGACAGCCAAGAGGAAGAGGAUGAGGAUAGCCCAAGCAGGAGGUGCCGGCACGAGGGUAGCAACGGGCGCUGGAGUCCCCUGAGUGGGGCCCAUCUGGAAGAGAUGGUGCGGGAGGCCACGCGCCUGGCAGCACAAUUGGAGGGGUGUCACCUGCCUGCUCCCGGAAACCCCCCUGGACCUGCCACCACACCUCUGAGUACACCCCGCAGCCCCCGCCGCCAGACCUUCGUGGUGAAGGACAGCCCAGUGCGGGCACUCUUGCCCACCGUGGAGUCUCAGGGACCUGCCCCCAUCCCCCACUCCCCUGCCAAGCCCCGGGGGGCCUCUGCUGCCACUAGUGUCCCCAAGGCACCCCCCAGCCGUAAUUCCACAGCAGCGGCAAAGGGACCCUUGGGUGGCAGGGGGCUUCCCCCCAGCCGCGUGGGCCCCCCCCGGCCAUGCCCUCCCCAGGGGCAGAGGGCUGGUGCCCGGGGCAAGUCAGAGCCCCCCCAGGGGGGGACAGCAGGUAGUUAUGGCAAGGGAGUGGGGACACCAUGGCCAUGGGGGCUCCUGGGCCAUACCCCAACUCCCCCUCUCUCCCCAGGCAAGGCUAAGGUGAGGGGGGGCACAGUCUCCUCCCCCCCACCCACCCACCAGCCCCACACCAGGACCGCCACCACCUCUGCCCCCUCUGGCUUUUCCCCGGCACCUACUGCCCUUCCCAAGGUGUCCCCUCAGACUCUAGCAGCGGGUGGGAGGACCCCCACCCCCAGAGGUGCUGUGGCAGCACGGGCAGCCCCCCCAACUGGUGCCUCUGGGUGCAAAUCAGGACCCCCCCCCACCCGCCUGCGGCCCUCCCGCAAGACUGCGGUGAGCAGCACCCCGAGGUGAUACCCCCAAACCACCCCACACCCACCCAAAGGCACUGGGGGCACCCAGACCCCCCCUAGGUACCAGCUAAGGUACCUAGGCUUGUGGGGGGACAGAGCCAAGGCCACCCGAGGGAUGAGUUGAGGCAUCCACUGGGUUUUGGAAGGAG